ACUGUACAAAUAACAGUCAAGUGUUUCGGUGUUUGCUUCUAGUAAAUAUUUGGAUACUUUUAAACAAUUACUAAAUGUCUAGGAGCGAUAGUGUAUUUAGUGGUUUGGGAUGGCUUCGGACGAAGAAGGUACACAAUUAUCUCCCCUAAAUACGAGUUGGCGAAAUUUCGGAACUAAUGAAAGUUCCGGAAUUUUCGGCGAAAGCGACCAGUUCACUCGAAAAAUCCGGACUUACAGCCAAUGGUCCCCGAUGGAGGAAGGAGUAACUCUCGCCUGGAACGACGUUUCCGUCUACAUCCAAACCAAGAAAAACGGCAAAACCACAUGUAAACGAAUCAUAAACGGAGUCACCGGUGCCGUAAAAGCUGGAAGUUUAGUGGCUUUGAUGGGAGCAAGUGGUGCCGGGAAAAGUACACUAAUGUCAACGUUAGCCCACAGAAUCACCGGUGGCGCUUUUGUCGAGGGAGAUGUUUUAAUUAACGGACGGCCUAUUGGCAACUAUAUGAAGUAUAUCAGCGGGUUUAUGCACCAAGAGGACAUUUUUAUCGGCUCUUUGACUGUCUCAGAACAUAUGAAUAUAAUGGCAAGGCUCAAAUUGGACCGCAAAACGACACAACAGGAGCGAAACUCGAAAAUUCACGAAAUUUUGAAAAGUUUAGGACUCACUAAGUGUCUCAAUACGAGGAUUGGGAUCAAUGGAGAGAGCAAAGUCUUGUCAGGAGGCGAAAAAAAACGACUCGCUUUCGCAACAGAACUCCUUACGGACCCCCCAAUUUUAUUCUGCGACGAACCCACGACCGGUCUCGACUCAUACUCAGCCCAAAAAAUUGUAACAAUGAUGAACACAAUGGCGUCAAGUGGCAAAACAAUCCUUUGCACAAUCCAUCAACCCUCAUCUGACAUUUUCGCAAUGUUCAGUCAAUUAAUUCUGAUGGCUGAUGGUCGAAUUGCGUUUAUCGGAAGUGCAGCAUCGGCUUUGGAUUUUUUCCAAAAGGCCGGUUACAGGUGCCCCACGUCGUACAAUCCGGCCGAUUUCUUCAUCAAAACGCUAGCAACGACGCCCGGUUUUGAGGAAAAUAGCAAACAGUGUAUAAAGAGAAUUUGUGAUUAUUUCGCAGUCAGUGAUUACAACAAAGAGGUGAACGUUGUUGUUCAGUAUGAAUUUCACAUGGGGAGAGCAGUGGAGAGCAAGAUUUACAAACUGAGGACCAAUUUUAAUGAGAUGUUUUUUUGGCAAAAAUUGUAUUGGUUGACGUAUCGAUGGUUUUUGGAUUUGUGGAGGGAUCCUACUCUUCAAGCAACGAAAAUAUCGGAGAAAAUUGUUAUUGGAAUUAUGAUCGGUUUGUGUUAUUUGGGCACAGAUUUUACGACACAGGUUGGGAUUCAAAAUGUGGAAGGAAUUAUUUUUUUAUUGGUUUCCGAAAAUACAUUCACACCGAUGUAUUCGAUUUUGGAUGAGUUUCCACAGAAAUACCCUCUGUUUUUAAGGGAGUACAAUUCAGGGCUGUAUUCAUCGUUUCUGUAUUUCUUAUCGCGGAUUAUGGCAAUGCUGCCUGGUUUAAUAAUCGAGCCGAUUUUGUUCGUGAUUAUCGUCUAUUGGCUUUCGGGCCUCCGUGCCACCACUUAUGCCUUCCUAAUGACAACUUUGGCGGGCAUUCUUACCUUGAAUUCGGCCGCUGCGUGCGGAAUAUUCUUCUCCAAUGCGUUCGAUUCCGUGCCCGCAGCUAUGGCCUAUUUGGUGCCUUUUGACUACGUGCUUAUGCUAACAUCGGGAGUUUUUGUUAAAUUAAGCACUCUUCCACGGGUUUUUUCCUGGACCAAAUAUCUCUCCUGGUUGAUGUAUUCAACCGAAUCCAUUUCUACAGUGCAAUGGAACGGAAUAAAAAAUAUCACGUGCGAUAUUUCCGACCAGGAAAUCCCCUGCCUAACUGCAGACACUCAAGUCUUAGAAAAAUACAGUUUUUCAGAAGACAAUUUGUCACGUGAUUUAUGGAGCAUGCUGUUUCUCUGUAUCAUUUUUCACUGUUUAAGUUUCAUCUGUUUGUGGCUGAAAAUCAGGAAGAGAUAAUUUGAAUAAAAAACUUACCAAAAA